CCGGGUGCCGCCGCCGGAAGAGCGGCCGGAAGGGGCGGGUACAGCGCGGCUGACAAGAUGGUGGUCACCAGGCGGGCGGCGGCGCGGGGGAGGUGGCAGCGGCCGCGGGCUGGGGGAGGCGGCGGCAGCCCCAGCCCCUCGGCGCCCGCCGCGGAGGAGAUGGCAUCUGCUGAAGUUAGUACUCCUGUGCCUACAAGGGUGACUAGAAGAAGAACUAAAUCAGUUUGUAAGCCAGAGGUAAUUCAGGAAUCCCAGUUUGAAGAAGUGGAACAUGCAGAAGCAAAGUCAGAUGUCAGUGAUAGCUUAGAGGUGCAAAUUACUACAAAAGAGAAUGCAGCUAUUCAUUCAGCACAAUCAGUUGCUGAACCAGAAGCUGAUGGGCAUGUGUCAGAAGCAGAAUCAAAUUGCUCUGACGUGUCUGGACUUCAGACACCUUUGUUUGUAAGAGUAACAAGAAGACGACAAAUUUUAGUUCCUUGUCAGCCAGAUUCUCCUGACAGAAAAAGACAUGACAAGACAACUUCUCUAAAUAAGUUAAGCAAGAUUCUGGAUGAAGAUGAUAUCUCUGAAGCUGAGUCUUGUUCCUCUGCUGUUUCUGGUGUCCAGAUGCCUAAUGUUACCAGGUCUACAAGAAGCAGGCAAAGCAAAAAGAAAUUACAACUGGAUACAGUUGGUGAGUCCCGUAGUGAAGAUAUUUCUGAUGCAGACUCAUGCUGCUUAAGUUCUCAGAAGGAACUGUCAGUCACUACUAAACGAAUUACUAGGAGCAUGCAAAUGAAAUCACAAGCGGAAAAUACUAACCAGACUGAGAAAGGAAACAUAAUUGUUUCAGAAGACGAGAAUUUAAUUGAGGACACAGUUAGAUCUGAGCCAGUAAUAAUUUCUGAUUCUAGACCUGCUGCAGAGCUUGUCUCUGACACAGAAGAUGCUUCCUCUGUAACUGAGGAUAAUAAAGAACUCAGUUCACCUAAAAGCAAAUGUUCUUCCAAAUCUGCCAAUACAACCCAGAGUAAAGAGGUUUUGAAUGGUGUGACACCCAGCAAUCUUACAAAAAUGAAACGAAGUGACACUGAAUCGCCUAGGAAAAAAGCCACAAAAAAUCCACAGACUGCUGGGGUAGAUUAUUCAGAGGAAACAUGUGGUCAAAUACAAGAACAACACUGUAAAGUACUUGUGGUGAAGGGGAAAUCAGAGCAUAUGGAUCUUUCUUCGACUGACUGCAUGAGUCCCAAAGAAUUUUUAGACUUCCAAGUGCAAGAAACACCAAAUGAAAGUAAAAAAAUUCCAGAAUGCGAAAGAGCAGAUGCUGAGGCAGGUGCACAACAACCUUUCACUCCUGCUGAUAAAUUAAAAAAGGGUGAGCCAUCUAGUGCAGUGAGCAGCCCACUAAAGGAUGUAGCUGCUGCCCAAAGAACUGAUAGUGUUGGUAGACGCAGGACGCUUGAAAUCAGUGGAGACAAGGAUGAAGACAGAACAGGAGAAUAUGCCGAAUCUGUAUCACACAGAAGGGGAAGAUCGAGCAGAGGAAGUGAUUCUUUUGCAUUGUUUCUGAGCAAAGAUGAAAGUGAUGAAUCUGAAAACAGUGAUGUGGCAGACUCAGAUACACUUGAAGAGAAUCUGUGUUAUAAAGAGGCAAAUGAGAGGACCCCUUCCCUUAACAAAUCUUUAAAAAACAGUUCACUGCAUGCUGAAGGGCUUUUUGUAAUCGAUACUAAGCCUGGCAUGAGUUCCAGCCAAAAGUAUUACUUAGAUCAUGUAGAGCAAGAUAUUGAUGCUGAAAAUAAGCAUGAAGGAAAGGAAGAAGUUGAAGAAGCCUCAGAUCUGGAAGAGGCUGAAGAGGAAUUGAUAGAUGAAGAUGAGAAGGAUGAAGACGAUGAUUUGUUGAAAAAUAAGAGUGAUGUUUUACAGCUUUCCAGCAGCAUAGACCCUGGUUUGAGUAUCAAGAAGCUUGGAGGUUUAUAUGUUAGUUUUGAUGGAAAAAAGCAGAAGCCCAGAUCAAGUGUAAUUGAACAAUUGAAGGAGAAGAAGAAGGACCAGCUCUUGCAGAAGAGUAUAAUAACUCCAGAUUUUGAAAAAAAAGAAUGUGUUCCACCCUUCAGGGAAUCGCUUCACCAGCUCAAGAAACAGCGCAGGGCAGAGAGAGAAAAAACAACAGGUGACGGUUGGUUUGGUAUGAAAGCCCCAGAAAUCACCAGUGAAUUGAAGAAUGAUCUUAAAGUUUUGAAGAUGAGAGCUUCGUUGGACCCUAAGCAUUUUUAUAAGAAAAAUGAUAGAGAUGGUCUACCCAAGUACUUCCAGGUUGGAACUGUGGUUGAUUCUCCCAUAGACUUUUACCAUAGUCGAAUACCUAAGAAACAAAGGAAGAGGACAAUUGUAGAAGAGCUGCUUGCGGAUUCUGAGUUUAGAAGAUAUAAUAAAAAGAAGUAUCAGGAGAUCAUGAGUGAAAAAGCAGCUUUUGCAGCAGGGAAGAGGAAUCGGAAGAAGAAGAAAUUUCGCAAUUAAGACUUGGAAGAAAAAUAACCAGCUGGAACAACUUGUUUGUUAUAAAACGUUUUACAGAA